AUGUCCCAAUUAUUUUAUCAAGGGGAUUCCGAUGACGAGCUACAAGAGGAGCUAACUAGGCAGACAGCUCAGGUAUCCCAAAGUUCUAAAAACGGAAAUAAAGAUGGGGUCAGCGAUGCAGAUCAUUCUGAUAUAGUCGCCAAUGAGGGUGCCAAGCUUUUGGAUGAGGGUACUGUACUAUAUCCAUUGAUACCGAAUGAACCAGAUGACAUAGAGACGUCUAAGCCCAAUAUAAACGAUAUCAGACCAGUUGAUAUUCAGUUGACUUUACCAUUAUCAUUUCAACAGAAGGUAGUAGAGAGUUCGUUGAUUGCCGAAGAUGCGUUGGUCAUAAUGGGUAAGGGACUAGGCCUUCUCGAUAUAGUGGCUAAUUUGCUGCAUGUUUUGGCUACACCAACCUCCAUUAACGGACAACUGAAGAGAGCGCUGGUUCUAGUACUAUGUGCGAAGCCUAUAGAUAAUGUGAGAAUUAGGGAAGCCUUAGAGGAAUUAUCGUGGUUUACUAAUACUGGAAAGGACAAAGCAGAGACUACUGUGGAGGAUGAUGACGAACUCUUUGAAAGGCCUUUUAGCGUAGUUACUGCAGAUUCUCUGAGUGUUGAAAAAAGAAGAAAAUUGUAUAUUUCUGGUGGCAUCUUGAGUAUUACCUCCAGAAUCCUCAUUGUGGAUCUCCUAUCCGGAAUCGUCCACCCAAAUAGAAUUACCGGCAUGUUGGUACUGAAUGCAGACUCACUUCGGCACAAUUCAAAUGAAUCAUUCAUAUUGGAAAUUUACAGAUCUAAAAAUACUUGGGGCUUUAUUAAGGCCUUUUCUGAGGCACCAGAGUCCUUUGUCAUGGAAUUUUCGCCUCUCAGAACGAAAAUGAAAGAGUUACGUCUAAAAAAUGUUUUACUGUGGCCGAGGUUUAGGGUAGAGGUAUCUUCAUGUUUGAAUGCUAUAGAUGAACAUAACAAAGUUAUCGAAGUGAAAGUGUCACUUACGAAUUCCAUGUCUCAAAUUCAAUUUGGCUUGAUGGAAUGUUUGAAAAAAUGUAUUGCUGAAUUGAGCAGGAAAAACCCCGAAUUAGCAUUAGAGUGGUGGAAUAUAGAAAACGCUCUGGAUAUAAAUUUUAUCAGAUCAAUUGACUCGGUAAUGGUACCAAACUGGCACCGGAUUUCUUAUGAAUCAAAACAACUGGUUAAGGAUAUAAGAUUUUUACGUCGCCUCUUGAAGAUGCUCGUAGCCUCUGAUGCCGUCGAUUUUUUUGGAGAAAUUCAAUUAAGUUUGGAUGCCAACAAACCGUCAGUAUCCCGAAAAUAUACAGAAUCACCAUGGUUAUUGGUGGAUGAAGCACAAUUAGUGAUCUCAUAUGCGAAAAAAAGAAUUUUUUACAAAAAUGAAUAUAAUUUAGAGGAGAAUCCAAAAUGGGAACAACUAAUACAUGUAUUAAAUGACAUUGCACAUGAGAGAAUGAGUAAGAGCUUCCAAGGGCCUACUUUGAUUGCCUGUUCCGAUAAUGCUACAUGUUUACAACUAGCAAAGAUCUUGAAUGCUUCAAACAAGAGGAGAGGAAUGCGUCAGGUGCUUUUAAAUAAGCUGGAAUGGUAUAGAAAACGGCGAGAGGAAACGAAAAAGUUGGUUAAGGACGUUCAAAGCCAAGAUACUUUUCCGGAGAGUGCAACAUUAAACGUUAGCUCGACAUUUUACAAAGAACAAGUUACCACAAAAAGAAGGAGGACAAGAGGUGCAUCGCAGGUUGCGGCCGUUGAUAAGCUGAGAAAUGCGGGGAUUAAUGUGGAUAUGGAGGAAGUUUUAGAGGAUCAAAAGUUGGCUGAAGAAAUCAAAAAGGAAAAUAGUGAUAAUCUGAAUGAUGGUCAAAAGGAAGACGCUAAUAUGAAUCAUGAAGAAGACGCUGCAGACGACUCAAAAAUCUUCGAAAUACAAGAACAUGACAAUGAAGUGAUGAUCGAUGAGGGCGACAAUGAACUUGACAAUGAAGAAUUAGAGUAUGCGGAGGAACUUCCCCAGCAUGUGGCAGCUCACUUCGAUAAAAAAUCAUGGGAUGAAUACUGCAGUGAGUAUGAAUAUGUCGAUCGUGAAGAUGAAGUUUUGAUAUCUACCUUCAAGAGUCUCAAUGAUAACUGCUCAUUGCAGGAAAUGAUGCCUUCUUAUAUUAUAAUGUUCGAACCUGAUGUAUCGUUUAUUAGGCAAAUUGAAGUUUAUAAGGCCAUAGUAAAGGACUUGCAACCGAAGGUAUAUUUUAUGUAUUAUGGUGAGAGUAUUGAAGAACAAAGUCAUCUGACCGCGAUCAAAAGAGAGAAGGAUGCCUUCACAAAGUUGAUUCGGGAGAAUGCAAUUCUGUCGCAUCAUUUUGAAACAAGUGAAGAUCUUUCCCAUUACAAAAAUUUAGCUGAAAGGAAGUUGAAACUUUCAAAAUUGCGAAAAUCAAACACCAGAAAUGCAGGGGGGCAGCACGGAUUCCAUAAUUUCACUCAGGAUGUGGUCAUUGUGGAUACACGUGAGUUUAACGCUUCAUUACCUGGUCUACUUUAUCGAUAUGGUAUCAGGGUUAUUCCCUGUAUGUUGACAGUUGGUGAUUAUGUGAUAACUCCGGACAUCUGUCUCGAAAGGAAAUCAAUUUCUGAUUUAAUUGGUUCACUACAGAAUAACAGAUUAGCUGCCCAAUGUAAAAAAAUGCUAAAACACUAUAAAUAUCCGACUCUUUUAAUUGAGUUUGACGAAGGACAGUCGUUUUCUUUGGAACCUUUCAGCGAAAGAAGAAAUUUUAAGAAUAAAGACAUAUCAACUGUUCACCCUAUAUCGAGCAAGCUCUCUCAGGACGAGAUUCAGUUAAAAUUAGCCAAGCUGGUAUUAAGAUUUCCCACUCUGAAGAUUAUAUGGUCUUCUUCACCACUUCAAACUGUAAAUAUAAUUUUAGAGUUAAAAUUAGGGCGUGAACAACCAGACCCGAGUGAUGCAGUCAUAUUAGGAACAAACAAAACCAUAUCGCAUGCCAAGAGUAGCGCGUCAGUGGGCUUAAAAAAUGGCGAUAAUGAAUCCAAAUUCAAGAAGUUAUUGAAUAUUCCUGGAGUGUCAAAGAUUGAUUAUUUCAAUUUACGCAAAAAAAUCAAAAGCUUCAAUAAACUUCAAAGGCUUUCCUGGAACGAGAUUAAUGAACUUAUUAACGAUGAGGAUUUGACGGAUAGAAUAUAUUACUUCUUGAGAACAGAAGAGGAAGAACAAGAGCAAGAGAUUAAAGAUUAUGAUGCCGAAUUACACAUUAAGGCAACAGAUGACGAUGAUGACGAUGAUGACGAUGAUGUUUUGGAGGCGCUCAUGUAA